GUCUUUCUGCUGGACUCGUCAUCGCAUCAGUCUGAUAAACACAGAAGUUGCACAUAACGCUUCGUUGUAGCUGAAUAAAAUAACGCUUCAUCUCGUCAAACACGCAGCGUUUCUGUUUAUCGCUCAGCGCCAUAAAAAAGAAAAAAAAACUUGGAACAUUCUCCCGUUUUUUUCUUUUUCUUUCUCUUUUGGGAGUCGCUUCAUGUCUGUUGGCCGAGAGAACACGAGGGAAGCAUCGUGCUUUAAGAGCCCAUAGACGCUCUGGUGAACUUUACAUUAGGUUGGUGCAGCUUUUCGGUGUUUUAUUUCGUUUCAACCGUUGAGUUGGGUGGAACUCUCGCCUCUGACGUCACGCGUGUGGCCCCGCCCCCAUCAUCCCGUUCUCCAUAAUUACAUGUUCUGAACUUCGAGCUGCUUCCCCACCUGUCACUCACGGGUAACCAUGGCGACCCGAGGCCACGCCUCCAGCUCGUUAAUGAGCAACCACACCAAAGAGCGAGUGACCAUGGCCAAGGUCACGCUGGAGAACUUCUACAGCAACCUCAUAACACAACACGAGGAGAGGGAGAUGAGGCAGCAAAAACUGGAGAAGGUGAUGGAUGAGGAAGGACUUCCUGAUGAAGAGAAGCACAUGCGCCGCUCCCAACACGCUCGUAAGGAGACCGAGUUCCUGCGGCUGAAGAGAACCAGACUGGGUCUGGACGACUUCGAGUCGCUGAAGGUGAUUGGACGAGGAGCGUUUGGGGAGGUGCGUCUGGUCCAGAAGAAAGACACCGGACAUGUUUACGCCAUGAAGAUCCUUCGUAAAGCCGACAUGCUUCAGAAAGAGCAGGUGGGUCAUAUCCGGGCGGAGCGGGACAUCCUGGUUCAGGCAGACAGUCUGUGGGUGGUCAAGAUGUUCUACAGUUUUCAAGACAAACUCAACCUUUACUUACUCAUGGAGUUCCUGCCCGGAGGAGACAUGAUGACGCUGCUGAUGAAGAAGGACACACUGACCGAGGAGGAGACGCAGUUUUACGUAGCUGAGACAGUUCUGGCCAUCGACUUCAUCCAUCAGCUGGGCUUCAUCCACCGAGACAUCAAACCAGACAACCUGCUGCUGGACUCCAAGGGUCACGUUAAGCUGUCUGAUUUCGGCUUGUGUACGGGACUCAAAAAGGCACAUCGGACCGAGUUUUAUCGCAACCUGAAGCACAGCCAAUCAAACGACCUCACGUUUCAGCACAUGAACUCGAAGAGGAAAGCCGAGACGUGGAAGAGAAACCGGAGGCAGCUGGCCUUCUCCACGGUGGGAACGCCGGACUACAUCGCGCCGGAGGUCUUCAUGCAGACCGGAUACAACAAGCUCUGUGAUUGGUGGAGUCUGGGCGUCAUCAUGUACGAGAUGCUGAUUGGCUACCCUCCGUUCUGCUCGGAGACUCCUCAGGAGACGUAUAAGAAGGUGAUGAGCUGGAGGGAGACGCUGGUGUUUCCUCCCGAGGUGCCGAUCUCGGAGCGAGCGAAGGCUCUGAUCCUGCGCUUCUGCUGUGAGGCGGAUCAUCGCAUCGGAGCGGCCGGAGUCGACGACAUCAAGAGGAACGGCUUCUUCGAGGGCGUGGACUACGACCACAUCAGAGAGAGACCCGCUGCCAUCCCCAUCGAGAUCAAGAGCAUCGACGACACGUCCAACUUCGACGAGUUCCCCGAGUCUGACAUCCUGCAGCCGUCCAGUCCUGCGGUGUCGAGCAGCCAUCACCCGGAGUCAGACCUCAAGAACAAGGACUGGGUCUUCAUCAACUACACCUACAAGCGCUUCGAGGGCCUGACGGCCAGAGGAGCCAUCCCUGCCUACAUGAAGAGCGCCAAACGAUGAACCCCGAGCGAUUCUGAAGCAUUUAACCUGGAUGGAUGCAUUCAAGCAUCGUUUUAAAAGGACCAAAUCAAGCAAACACAUUAUUAAUAAAGCAUGGGACUGGGAAAUAAAUAUAUGCAUCGCUAAUCAAGAGACGAUUCAGCAUGGAUCGAUUCAGAGAUUCGCCGAAUGAAUCGCGAGUCUUUCUCGAGUCGAUUCUAAGCUUGAUUUGAACACCGCGAACAUAAACAACGCUGAUUAUGUGGCGUACUUUCCAAAAUGGCGAAACAGCAAAAAUAUAUUAAUUUGUGUUGAACGAUGGGUUCGGAACAACACGAGGGUGAGUAAUUAAUGAAAGAAUUUCCAUCUUUGGGUAAACAAACCCUUUAAAAUAGUGUUUUUAAAUUACUAAAUAAAUCAUACCAUGUAAGUACGAACUUGAGUUUGAUUGUUUUUAUUUUUUAUUAAAAACCGUUUUAAAGCAUGAAGCCACGUUAAGCGUUUUCCUCCCGCAGAAAACCGUUAUGAACGCCUUUGUAUUGUGGUUAAUAUCUGUAUGGCAGUACAUGGUAUGAUUUAUUAACAGUGUUCAUUGAGUUUGAUCAUUAAAAAAAACAGCCUCGUUAAGCGUUGUAUAAUUUCUAAUUAAGAGCCGUGUCUAAAACAUUAGCGAACAAAUCAUUAAUCAACACUUGGCUUGGUUUUCACCUUUAUAUUCUCGCCUGAAGAUCACCACAAUCUAGUUUUAGGCUCUUUUUCAAUAAACGCGUCACUUUUGUAACUUUAGCGAUUGCGAAAAUUAAACUUUUUUUUUUACUACUACAAAUAAAGGCCUAAAAAAUCAUGGUUAUUGUAAUUAAAUCAUGGAAACCACAAAUUAAUCACGGUACUGCUGCACUAACCGUAGUUUAACCGCGGUUUUGUAAUAAAACUACAGUUAUACAAAUGCUAGUCAAUACACGCACAAAAAUAUGUUUGCUACACUUUUACUAUAAUAAAACCAGGAUUAUUUUUUUUUUAUUUUGGUCACACUACCUUUCAGAGGUUAAGAUUUAUACGUUUUUUACAAUGCUGAUCUUUUGGAUCUUUAUAUUCAUCAAAUAAUCCUGUAAAAAAGGUACUCAGCUGUUUUUAAUAAUAGUAAUAAUAAUGAUAAUACUUUUUGAGCAGCAAAUCAUCAUAUUAGAGUGAUUUCAGAAGGACACUGAAGACUGGAGAAAUGAUGCUGAGAAUUCAGCGCUGCGUCAUAGAAAUAAAUUACACUUUAAUAUAUAAUCAAACACAAAGCAUUUAUUUUAAAUAGUAAAAAUAUUUCACAAUAUUAGUGUUUUUACUGUGCUUUGGAUCAAAUAAAUCCAGGUUUGGUGAGCAGAACCUGUAUUUUGUGCCUUAUAACAUCAUUUUCAGGGCUAGAAAGCCUCACGUUUGUCCAUCAGCAGAUUAUAGUUUUAUUAUGUCACGUUAUGGGUGCCGCCCUUCAUAUCCUGAGAUGUGACUGCUGCUCAUGGACUCAUGGAUCAUGUCUGGUACGAUCGGUCGAUUCCUCUCAUCAUCUGUGUUGCAUGCAAACCUUAUAUUUUAAUAGCAGUUUCUUGGAAAAAAGAGUCCCCUGUUUUCAUUUUUUUUUCUCUCAUCUUGCAUGCGGUGCAUCAUUAAAUAUUUGUAUAUUGAUAUUUAAACGUUUUUAAUUGUAUCUGCCGAGCUGUUUUUGUAAUCUUUUUUUCUUAUAAUUAAAUGCAAUAAAAAUGUUACAUGCUUUUAAAUUCACUUUUUUAAUUGCAAAAAAAGUUUUGGGGUCAAUUAAUGAAAAUAUAAAACUAGUUAUGUCUCUAUACUGGUCAAAAGUUUGGAGUAAUUAUGAUUUUAUUAAUGUUUUUGGAAAAAUGUACAGCAUAUCAGCAUAUUAGUAUGAUUUCUGAAGGACACUGAAGCUGAAAAUUCACAGAAAUAAAUUACAUUUUACAAUAUA